UGAUUAUGACACAUUUCCGUGUAACAACGUGAGCUUACAAGCGGUUGCGGGGUGACGAUGUUUGGAGAGUGCGGACGACAAAUAUUGUGUCCAAAAACGUAUUAAAUUUCCGUCAGUGAAGGUGAGAUAGGAGAUAUUGAGUGUGAUAUACUUCUUGGGACAGUGUGUUGGAACAGCAGCCGCACAGUGAUGGAGAGACUGCUGCAUCAUGUUUGACAGUGGUCAGUGUGUGUCAGAGAGUGGCAUACUCCACCUGCUGCUUUCUGUCUACAUCUUCACCUUCCUGAUGGGGGUCCCCGCCAACAUUCUGGCUUUCUGCACCUUCUGCCACAAGGUGCGCACCCGGGCUGCGCCCAUCGACGUCCUCCUCCUCAACCUCACCAUCUCCGACCUCAUUUUCUUGGCUUUCCUGCCCUUCAAAAUGAAGGAGGCCUCAGACAACAUGGCCUGGGUGCUGCCCUUCCCGCUGUGUCCGUUUACCGGCUUCGUCUUCUACGUCACCAUAUACAACAGCACCCUGCUGCUCACCGCCGUGGGUGUGGAGCGCUACCUGGGGGUGGCCUACCCCCUCAGGUACGCCCUGUGCCGCAGGCCUCGCUACGCCGUGGUGGCCUGCGCGCUCUUCUGGGUGGUGACCUCCUUGAACCUCAGCAUUGUCUACAUCAUGCCUUACGCCCAGUGGGGUAACGACGGAGCCAAGCCCCCGUCCACCUGCUACAUGAAUUUCACCGAAGCCGAGCUCAAAAUCCUGCUGCCGGUCCGCCUGGAGCUCUUCUUAGUCCUCUUCUGCGUCCCCUUCGUCAUCUGCUGCUUCUGCUACGUGAACUUCAUCCUCAUCCUGUCGCGCCUCCCCAACAUCAGCAGGCGGCGGAGGCUGCGGGCCAUCGGACUGGCCCUCGGCACGCUCGUGGUGUUCGCCGUCUGCUUCGGUCCUUACAACGCCUCCCACGUGGUGGGCUUUGCGCGUCAGGAGAGUGAGGACUGGAGGAACGUGGCGUUGCUUUCGAGCACCCUCAACGCCUGCUUGGAUCCGUUCAUCUUCUACUUCUCGUCGGCGGCAGUUCGGAGCAUGCUAAAACACUGCUUUAAGAAUGUCGUGGCAAAGCUGCACAUCCUGAGAUGAGGAUGACCUGCUCGCAUCUCAGAGGACAAUAAUAUCAGCCAAUUAAGUUCUUACACUGUCUUGUGUUAUGUACGCUACUCACAAAAAACAGGAAUAUAUUCAGCUUUUGGGUCCAACUUCAGGAUUAAGCGAAAAUAACCUUUAGAAGUAAACUUAAUUUGACUUAUCUGUUCAAUGUUUCAGUACUUUUUGCUAGGCCUAUUUAAUCGGCUGAUGUUAGCCAGAAUCACCCCCCCACCCCAUAUUAAACGUUAAAACAAGACAAAGACAUUCAAACUAACAUUCCUCCCAAAAGUCGGCAAAAUAAUCAGCCAAUUUUGAUGUUAUUUUAUUUUCAAAUACUAUUGGAGAAAGUAUUGUAAAAUAGUCAAAUGUUCCUCCUGUAAUUCAUAUCUUUAUUGCUGCAAGCGUUAAGGAACCAAAAAAGAAGACAUUUUAGUCAUUAUAUAUUCGAAAAUUAAAUCUGC